AACCCAUUCUGUAGGCAAAGAGUGAGUGCUGCGAGUCGGGGGAGGGUACAGUGCAUUUUUCAUACGUAACGAAGAGAUUGAAUCCCAGCUUUUGGUGCCAAAUGAAACUCAGCUUCAUCUCUGGAGGCAUGACGUGCGCCUGCAUAAGAAGACCUAUUCACUCAGAAGGAUCCCAGUGUACUUAGUACGGACACAGGAAUCCUCUUACUUGCCCCCCGAUGUGGAGCUGGCUCUGGGGAGCAGCACAGCACCUGUUCCAGUGGCAGCCACGUUACACAAGAGUUUAGAACUGGAAGUAAAGAAUAACCACUUUCAGCUGAAACUGCAGAGGGAUUUCAGAUCCUCUUCUGUGGACCCAGGAUGUGGUUGCUGGACUCCCCUGCCAGGACAGAUUUGCUGAUCCUAUCACUCUUGUGCUUCGUUCCUCACUCUGGCACCCGAGACGUCAAUCAGUUGACUUUCCGGUUCUGCUUCUUUUAUUUCCAGCCCUUUGCAGCCUAUAUAACCAUCUCCUCGGGCUGCGCGCCUACUGCUGUUCCCUCGCCAUCCCAGCACUCAACCGGAGCAGGUACAAUAUUCAGACCAGCCACCUUGAGCUGAGCUGCAGGGAUGCCGUGUUCUGCAAGCAUGGGAGCAAGAUGUAUCCACUUUGAGUAAACCCUCUCUGCCCCGCCAGCCGAGCACCUGUCCCAUCCGCCUCCCUGAGAACAGCGGAGGCUCUUCUGGCCUGGAAAGCCUGCUGGGUCUAGGCCGAGCCCGGCGCGGAGAUGGAGAACCACACCGUGGCUGCGGCGACGAACUCCUGCACCUUCCAUGAGGAGUUCAAGCAGAUCCUGCUGCCCCUGGUCUACUCCGCGGUGUUUGUGGUGGGGCUCCCCCUGAACUUCAUCGUCAUUGUUCAGAUCUGGCUCUCCAGGAAGGUGCUGACCCGCACUGCCAUCUACAUGCUGAACCUGGCCACGGCCGACCUGCUGUACGUGUGCUCCCUGCCGCUGCUUAUCUACAACUACACGCAGAAGGACUACUGGCCCUUCGGGGACUUCACCUGCAAGUUCGUCCGCUUCCAGUUCUACAGCAACCUGCAUGGCAGCAUCCUGUUCCUCACCUGCAUCAGCGUCCAGCGCUACCUGGGCAUCUGCCACCCUCUGUCGUCCUGGCACAAGAAGAGGGGCAAGAGGUUCACCUGGAUGGUGUGCGGCGGUGUGUGGGUCAUCGUCAUCGCCCAGUGCCUGCCCACUUUCGUCUUCGCCUCCACGGGCAUCCAGAGGAACAGGACCGUGUGCUACGACCUCAGUCCCCCGGACCGUUCCGCCAGCUACUUCCCCUACGGCAUGACGCUGACGGUCACGGGGUUCCUCAUCCCCUUUGUCUUCAUCCUGGUGUGCUACUGCAACAUGACCAAGCUGCUCUGCCAGAAGGAUGAGAUGAUAGGCCUGGCCGUGCGCAAAAAGAAGGACAAGGCCAUCCGCAUGAUCAUCAUUGUGGUCAUCGUCUUCGCCAUCAGCUUCUUCCCCUUCCACCUGACCAAGACCAUCUACCUGAUCAUCCGCUCCUCGGAGGACGUGCCCUGCCUGGUCUUGCAAACCUUCGCCAUCGCCUACAAGUGCACCAGGCCCUUUGCCAGCAUGAACAGCGUCCUGGACCCCAUCCUCUUCUACUUCACCCAGCGCAAGUUCCGGGAGAGCACGCGCCACCUGCUGGACAAAGUGAGCUCCAAGUGGAGGCACGACGCAUGCCGCACCUACAAAUCGUAGGCUCCGGGGAAAGGAGAAUGAGGGGGGAUGUUCUGCUGUGCGGAGGCAGAAGACUGAAUGGCUGUGGCUUUAUCGCAGCCAGCCCUGCUUUACCCAGCAACAGGGAGAGAAAGAGCAGGAGGCAAGGGCUGAUGGUCCUGAGCAUAGCGCUGGGAGCCAGGAGCUUCUUAGUUCUACUCCCAGUUCUGGCCAUGGGUGGGUCACUUGGCCUCUCUGUGCCUCAGUUUCCCCAUCUGCAGAAUGGAGAACAAUACUCUGUAAAUAAUAGGUAAAAUGAUGCUGACCUGCCUCACACCUUGGUCAGGGCCCAGAAAGUGCUCUGAGGAUGGACCAGGCUAAGAACAGUUUAUCCUUAAAAUUCCAGCAAACGGCCUGAGCUGGGAAAGGUUACAGUACAGUUGGAAAGAGGGAAGUGAAAAUAAUUGGGCGCAGGCUUUGGGGCUGGGCUAGGUGGUGUCCGAACGCAGUAUUAGUGCGGUUACUGUGGUGCACCGCAGCUGUCACCUCUGAGGAGGAGCGGGACUUUUUGCGGAUCAGCUGCUCAAUAUUAACCGCUGCUCUCUCUGUGGAUUUCAGCAGAACUCCUGAGGAACUGGCGGUCCUUGCCACAGAUCUGACUGGCAAAGCCCUAGCAACCACGCGUGGGGCUUUGCAGUGAACUGUGCUACUGACACUGAUUACAGUGGGCCACACUCCACGCCAGUGGAGUUGCAGCACAGAUGGGUUGGUCCCAACGCGUUUCAUUGAGAAUCCCCAAAUCCACUGGAAAUUUCAAUCAGUUAUUAGCAAGUAGUUCAGUGCUUCCUCUGGUUUACGACUACCUAGAUUUUGUGGACAAAAAUCUCUCCCCACAUCCGUCCCCUAUAGGGGAGAUCACCUCUGAGAACCAGCAGUUCGGGAAUGGGGGAAAUCAGCUGCUGCUUGCCAGUGCACGAAUUACUGGGAUCUGGCCAACUUAUCCACCGGCCAGUGUUUUUUCACUGCUUUGCCACAGUAAUUCAGCUGAGUUUCCCAAGCAGAAAGCUGCUUUACUAAUGCAAGGAAAACCUACACUGGGAAUUUAGAGAAGACAGUAGGUCUCUUGGGACCACAUGAGUCUACAAAAGGAUUGAUCCAUAUGGGAGGGCAGGAAAAGGGAAAUCUAGCGAGUACAUUUACAGUAUUAUUGGCUGUUAACAAUGAGGACACAGUCAUUAAGCUAAGCUGACUGCUACAGUCCGAUUCAAUUCUAUCUAGGUCGUCUUACAACUCUCAUCACCGUAAUACCUGAGCACCUUACAGUGCGAUCUUCCUGGUUUCUACUGUUUUAAAGAUUCACCGGUAGCCUGACUGGCUCUAAUAGGGCUCUGGUGUGUUUUUAUUUUAUUUUAUUUUUGUGCACCCUCAUUAGAAAAGAAUUCUCACAUCCUCUCCAGCAUUUUGAGCUAAGAUCUAGUUCAUGGGAAAUUUUAAUCUUGUGGGGGUUUUAAAAAAGGAACUGGAAACCUGAGUCUUUUUAAAGAAUUGCCAAGCUAGCUGCAGUGUUUUUAUGAGACGCUGGUUUACUGUGUAUAAGCAUGUCUCCCUCUAGUGGCAGAUCCCGGAUGCAAGUCUGCUACUUAAUUUAGCUCAUGCAAUAGAGACCUGUGUUUUUGAAGAUGACGGGUUCAGCCCCCACUGGAGUUGGCGUAUGCGCGGCCACAUCUCCUGACAGGCUGCGCUGGGCUUUUUAAGCAAGUCAGCUCUGUUGUGACCCAUCACUGACUAACAUUUCAUUUGGGUGUGGGAGUGCAAGAAAUGAUGGGACUGACUGUCAGUACUUACUCCUCGGAUGGUCCUUGACUAGCAGCAGAAACUAACCAGUGAGUAUGUGCAGGGUAUGAAAUAAGAGUUGAAGAAUUUAACUGAACAAAGGUGGAGUCAACAUACUGGGCCAAAGCCAGCCCGGGGGUAAUCAAGCACAAUGCAGAUAAAAUCACUUUGAAGUUUGCGGAGUUGCACCUGCUGACAGCGGGGGUGAAUUUGACGCAGUGGGAACGUGUAGGUGCUGUAUCUUCCCGUGCUGGGCGCAUUUGAAAUCAGUGUUGAGACAAGUAGCCAGACCUCUCCUAGGCACUACUCUGAGCAGUAAGGUGCCAUCUGUCUACCAGCACGAUCAUGUCACAGCCACUCGUGCCAUUGUGCUCUGAGCUGUUUAUGGGAUGACUGUCCUCUUGGCCGAUGGACCAGGGGUUGAACCAGGGAUCCCUGGAGAUAAAAGCAUAAGCACUUGCAGCAUGAGCUAAGGAACCUAGUUCCUCUAGUGGGAAGCUGUAACAGCUUCUAUCACUGCAGAUCCUCUUCUCCAACCUGCCACUCCCGUGGGUGGGGGGUAAUGGAGGCUGGGGGACCCAAACUUCUGUUAAUGCUCCUCGCCACAGCCCUGGAGCAGACCACGACAGGGCUCAGAGCUCUUCUGAGCAACCCGGGCUAAGGACUCGGUCCCGGACAGCCAGCUGGGGCUCAGGGCUCCUCAGGACUGCUCCAGGCACCAGCAGGCUGUCUGAGGCUCGGGGCUGCUCCGGAGGGCUGAACCAGGGCUCAGGGCUGCGCCAGCGGGCCAGUCAGUGAGGGCAGAGGGGCAGAAGGGGCAUCAGGUGAACGGGGCAGGGCCUCGGGCCCAAGAGUCAGGGCAGAGGGCUACCCUCCCCAAACGAGAGUGAAUAUGCCACCCGUGGCCACUCCCUUCCAGUCCUCACACCUCUCCCAAUCUCAUCUCCCCGGCAGCUCCCUCUCUCUCGCUAACUAUAGAAUCCCAGAAGUGUAGGACCGGAAGGGACCUCAGGUGGUCAGCUAGUCCAGUCCCCUGCACUCAAGGCAGGACUAAGUAAUAACUCGACCAUUCCUGACAGGUGUUUGUCUAACCUGCCCCUUAAAGCCCUCCAGUGAUGGAGCUUCUACAACCAUCGCCGUGAGCAGCACUCUAGUCAUUUGCACUGAAGAAUAAUCCCACUUCCCCGACAGGAGCUUCUUUCCCAUGAAGCUCUGCGCAGAACUCAUUUGCAUAAUGCUCUUCACUGUAGUCCUUUGUGGCAAAGGCUGUGUUUGUUUGUGCAGCACCUUGCACAGUGGGGCCCUGAAUGAGACUUUGGGGAACUUCUGAAAUGCAAAUAAAUAGUAUAGUGUGAAUCCACCCCUACCGCUCUGUACCAGUGCAUUCUGGGAAAACUAUCCCAUAGUGCCUUAGCAGGCACUAGCAUGUCCAGACUGGCACCAGCAGCAUGUGUAGCAAUGCCUUCUGGGAUGUCCUACCACACGCACAGCUGGGAGGGAGCAGGCCUGGCUGAGUCACUUUCCCAUGAAGCUCUGCGCAGAACUCAUUUGCCCUGCAAUCGUCUUCUCUAGCUAACUAGUUGUCCCUGACUAGUCUAGGCCUGGGUUUUGGGCUUUGAGGAGAAGGCCCAGCAGAGAUGCCUGUAAAGAAGGCUCAUAGACACGUAGCCGAGGGUUAGUUUAGAAUUUACAGACAGGAUUUCCCUUUGUCCAUUUCUUGCUUUAUUUACAAAUGUCCUCUGAACUCUGUGGUCCCAGGGAGCCCGUAAAUAGCAGUAAAUGGCUCAUAGCACUGCCCUGGGACAGGGUUUCAGUUGAAUUUGUGGGCUGGCUCGCUGGCUUUUACUCCACUAAAUCAGGGGUUUCAACCUUUUUUCAUUUGCAGACCCCUAAACAAUUUCGACUGGAGGUGCGGGCUCCUUUGGCAAACGCUGACGUAGUUUGAGGACCCUCAGGGGUCUGUGGACAGCAGGUUGAAACCCACUGCACUACAUUAACUCUAGGGAUGGAACAACUAGUGGGCUGCAUUUGUUACUAGAAACUAGGUCUGGGCUGAGGACUCACCCUGUUGGCUUGGAUCCCUGAGUUGCCCCAGUCUCUUUAGCUGCUUCCUAGUCAGCAGCAAAUACUAACUGGGCUUUUCUGAACUCAGACGUUCUGGGCCAAAUUCACUCUCGUUGUCACGGAUGUAAAUCAGGAGUCACCCCACUGAAGUGGGUAGAGUAUAAAAGUGGUGUAUGGGAGAUCUGGAUCAGGUCUCAUGUAACUCAGGCUUGGCUUGUCUGUUUUAAAAGGUUCUAGCCACUGUAAUGUUAAGAGUGGCCACAGUUCCUAAUGGGCUUACGUAAACCUCACGAUGAGUUAUGCUAUGUAAAUAUAUCGUAUUGUGCCAGUCUGGCAUGCAGCACCCUGCAACGUAACACCCGCCCCCUCUGCCCCUGAGCCGAGGACAGGAAAUCCAAUUCUCACCCCUGCCUGCUUUCACUGUCUGACCAUAACCAAACCCCCUCCUUUCAGAAGGGGCAGAUUAAACACAAGGUAUCCAGAUCUGAGCAAUAUAACGUGCCAUGACUGAAGCUGUACAAACUCUAUGUUCCUCUGUCCUCCCAGGACAGGGCUCCAAACAAUGACCAGGGUGUAUAGAGGGGGGAAAACGUGCUUGUCGCUGUGAGGAGGAAGUCAGGGGUGGAGUGGGGAAGAGGAGGGAGAAAUGUGGGUGAGCAACUGUGUGAGAAGGAGGAAGAAUGAACAGGCCUUUAACAUUUUAAACAGAUCCCGGUAGGGUUCCCCUCCCCCAGUUGUAUACGGGUGGAUUUAUUUUCCAUGCUCUGCUUUGCAUUGUUCCGUUCCCCAGACAGAAAAGAACAACAAAUCCUGAAUCAGACGCAGACCCUGCUUCCACAGUCCCGUCCUCUGGGAUAGUUUUCUCUCUGUUGGUUUUCCCAGCUGCUAGGAACUUUCCUUUUUUUUUUUUAAAUAAAAACCAGUGUCAGGAUUUUACUUUCUGCUAGUAAUAUCUGAUCCUGCCUGAUGAUGAGCCAGACUAGAGUUAAGGCCUGAGCCAUGAAGUUCUGAUCUGGAUUGUAAGAAGAAAUCCCCCACGAAGUACAGCGCCUGAUCCACAACCCUUUGGGAAUCUUUACACUGAAUGUAAUGGGCCUUGGAUCAUGCCUCUAUGGAACAAUGAGAUGCAUUAUGGGGAUUGUAGCCUUCCUCUGAAGUAUCUGGUCGGAGACAGUGUACCAGCUUAGAUGGGUCUGUCCCUGUUGGAGAUGGGCCCAAGCCGCCCACUUUGAAUCCUGUCCCUUUGGGCUCAUCUCUGCUUCUGCAAGGUGGUGGUCCCGGCUGUUCCCCCAGCAACUGUAGGUGCAUGCCUGAUAGCGCUGCUGCUUGUGACAAUGGCGUCACAGCCUGAGACGGACAGACGUGGGUCGCUCGCGGCGUUCUGUGCUCUCAGGUGCUUCCCUAUCUUGGGAAGAACUUGCAGCUAGUGGGGUGUGGUUUUGAUCAUGCGUCUUUGAUCGGUUCGUCCCUUGUGUUGAUGGUGAGCUGUCCAGUGCACGUGCCAUGCAUGUAUCGGCCGUCCGGUGACUGGGUUGUGCUUGGUGGCGCUGCUGGCACCAUGCUGCUGGCAGGGCCCUGUUUUACCACCUCCCUCUCAGACAUAAUUUUGUAGCAUUGAGAUGAAGGUAAAUUAUUGUCUUGUCCUUUCAGAAUGACUAAUGGAAAUAAAAUGGAGGUUUCUGUA